AGUAUGCUUUUAAAGCCAUCAAUCAAGGAGGCCUGACCUCUGUGGCGGUCAGAGGAAAGGAUUGCGUUGUGGUCGUCACACAGAGGAAAGUCCCUGAUAAGCUGCUGGAUGAAAAGACAGUCACACAAAUGUUCAAAAUCACAGAAAACAUCGGCUGUGUCAUGACCGGCAUGAUUGCCGACAGCAGGUCUCAGGUGCAAAGGGCGCGCUAUGAAGCAGCUAACUGGAAGUACAAGUAUGGUUAUGAAGUUCCCGUGGACAUGCUGUGCAGACGUAUGGCUGAUAUUUCUCAGGUCUACACGCAGAAUGCAGAAAUGAGGCCUCUAGGCUGUUGUUUGAUAGUGGUCGGCUUGGAUGAGGAGUUGGGCCCACAGCUGUAUAAAUGUGACCCAGCUGGCUACUAUUGUGGCUUUAAAGCCACAGCAGCUGGAGUCAAACAGACCGAGGCCACCAGCUUCCUGGAGAAGAAAAUAAAGAAGAAGUUGGAUUGGACUUACGAGCAGACCGUAGAGACGGCUAUUUCCUGUCUGUCCACGGUUCUGUCCAUCGACUUUAAGCCCUCUGAGCUGGAGGUGGGAGUCAUCACCACUCAAAACCCAACUUUUAAGAUUCUGUCAGAGUCUGAGAUCGAUGCUCACCUCAUGGCUUUGUCUGAGCGGGAGUGAAGGGCGCUGCCCCCCCCCAUGCCACAACGUCAAAGCCAGAAGCAUCAGGAGGAUGAAGGAGUUCCAGAGAUUCAACACAGUGAGAAAACAUCAACAGGGUGGACUUUUUUUUGGUAGGCGGGGCCUCAUCCGUGCACCUUCACGUAAAGCCCUCAGUUGGACUGGAUCAAUGCUUUUUUUUUCUUUAUUUUCCCUCUGUUUGCGGCCAAUCUGACAAAUUUUAGGAACCCCUGAAAAGUUACCGGACAUUCAGAUUAGAGCACUACGUGACACAUCGUACAAAGUACAGCCUGUGAGUCCUUUGCUGAUGAGUGGGGGUUUGGUGCAGCACAAAUACCUCUAAUGUGGACUCUGUGGUCCUUCACAUAAUGAACCAUCUUUACUCAGGGUUGCUGUCAUCUGCCUCAGCUGCUCUCUGGACUGCAAAUGACAGCUUGAAGCCUCCCAUUUUCGUUUUUUUUACACCUCUGUUUGGGUCUGCUCAGGUCAACAUCAGGAGAAAGUGGCAGUCUAUCCCUCUGCUGCAGUCACAGCUGUACUCUGCUGCACUUCAAAUAAAGGCUGUUUGUAUUUACCUCCCUGA